AUGGGCGUCUGGACCUCAGGCGCCAGCCUCUUUCGACAUCUUUGGCGGGUCUAUGUGUCUCCCAGAAGCCCUGGCUGGCUUGACUUCACCCAACACUUGGGGGCCUGCUGUUUAGUCGCUCUCUUUGCUGCAGGCCUCCUGGCCGUGGCCUGCCAUGGGUUUGGGGCCCCUUUCCUGGUCUUCCCCAUUUCCUGGACGGUCACAUGCAUCCUGCUGGGCUGCUCCAAGCACGUGCGCUGUUUCAUCCUCCUCUUCUUCCUCUCUUGUGGCCUGCGGGAGGGCAGGAAUGCCUUGAUUGCCACAGGCACGGGCAUCGUCAUCUUGGGCCACGUGGAGAACAUCUUCCACAACUUCCAAGGCCUCCUGGACAGCAUGACUUGCAACCUCCAGGCCAAGAGCUUGGCUGUCCACAUCCCGCUUCUGAGACAGUACACAGAAGCGCUUCGGUGGCUCUACGGCCUGGCCACCUCCCUGCAUAUCUUCGAUGAUCUGGUUUCUUGGAACCAAAUGCUGACAGUCUCCCUUUCCAGUCCCAGCCAAGCCCUGGAGGCCCAGCUCAAUGACACCAAAGGCCACGUCUUGGGGACCUGGUACCAGGUGGCGUCAGCCACUGAGGUGCUGUCCACACUGGGGCGGCAGGUCCUUGCGGUGGCCGGACUCAUCCUGGUCCUCCUCAGCACCGGCUUCUUCAUGAAGCGAUUUUUGGACCCCACAGGGGUGAAGUUUGAAAACAUCUACAUCAGCAGACAGUUCGCUCUGUUUGAUGAAAGGGAGAGGCUCCAACAGAGGCCCUGCGUCCUCCCACUGAGCCGGAAGGAAAGGAAGAAGUAUGUGCUCAUCCCGUCCUUCUGGAGGACCCCCAAGGAAAGGAAGAGCCUGGGGCUUUUCUUCCUCCCCGUGUUCCCGCAUUUCUCCCUCUGGGUGCUCUUCGCAGCCACUGACUACCUCCUCUAUCGGCUCCUGGGCUCCUUGAGCACACACUUCCACAGCAUCCCGGGCCUGGAGGUGUGCCUAAAGCUGCACAGGGAGGAUCCAGGAACUCAAGACAUCAUCUAUGGUUCUUCCUUUAACAUCUCUCUGUUCGAGCCCCACUGCCUCCCUACCCCAAAGCUCCUUCUCACGAAGACCUGGCUUCCCAUUUGUCUUAUUCUUGCCACGCUGGUGAUACUGGGACUCUUGUCUUCCAUCUUGAUGCAACUGAAAAUCCUGGUGUCUGCCGCCUUCUACCCAAGCGUGGAGAGGCAACGCAUCCGAUACCUGCAUGCAAAGCUGCUGAAGGGAAGAUCAAAGCGACCCCUGGAGGAAGCGGGGAGAAAGUCGGGUGUCUACUACACAGAGGUUCAUUUUUGGCUUCCGGUCCUUAGAAUGUUUAGGAAGAAGGAAACAAACGCUGCAAGUCAAGACAAUCCAUGA